UUGGUUGUUCUCUGCUCUUCCGCGAGAAUCUCCGUCAAUACACAAGAAGAAAAGAAGAAAAUUCCAAAAAUAGGAGAAAUUCGUCGGCAAAAGAAAUCAUCAACCGUCGAUCUGGAGAUGAACGGCGGAGAAGACGCUGCUCGUCGCCGCAGCGUCGUCAGCGAUUACAGGAAGAAGCUCCUCCAGCACAAGGAACUCGAUUCCAGAGUCCGAACAGUGAGGGAGAACUUGCGAGGUGCGAAAAAGGAUUUUGCUAGAACCGAAGAUGAUUUGAAGUCUCUUCAGAGUGUUGGACAGAUCAUAGGAGAAGUUCUCCGGCCUCUUGAUGACGAGCGUUUAAUAGUCAAAGCUAGUAGUGGUCCUAGAUAUGUUGUUGGCUGUCGCAGUAAAGUAGAUAAAGAGAAGCUGACAGCAGGAACCAGAGUGGUUCUUGACAUGACAACUCUCACAAUCAUGCGUGCUCUCCCACGCGAGGUUGAUCCAGUUGUGUAUAACAUGUUGCACGAAGAUCCUGGUAAUGUUAGCUACUCCGCUGUGGGUGGGUUGUCUGAUCAGAUCCGGGAACUCAGAGAAUCUAUUGAGCUACCUCUCAUGAAUCCUGAACUCUUUGUCAGAGUAGGGAUCAAGCCCCCUAAGGGUGUUCUUCUAUAUGGUCCUCCUGGGACGGGCAAGACACUGUUGGCCAGAGCCAUUGCCAGCAAUAUAGAAGCCAACUUUCUCAAGGUUGUCUCGAGUGCUAUAAUCGAUAAAUACAUAGGUGAAAGUGCGCGGUUGAUCAGGGAAAUGUUUGGAUAUGCACGUGAUCACCAACCCUGCAUCAUUUUCAUGGAUGAAAUUGAUGCCAUUGGUGGACGCCGCUUUAGCGAGGGAACUAGUGCUGACCGUGAGAUCCAAAGAACAUUAAUGGAACUGCUUAACCAGCUGGAUGGUUUCGAUUCGCUCGGAAAGGUUAAAAUGAUUAUGGCAACGAACCGACCUGAUGUAUUGGAUCCAGCGCUCCUCCGUCCUGGGCGAUUGGACAGGAAGAUAGAGAUUCCGUUACCAAAUGAGCAAUCAAGAAUGGAAAUUCUUAAAAUUCAUGCUGCUGGAAUUGCCAAACAUGGCGAGAUUGACUAUGAAGCUGUUGUAAAGCUUGCAGAGGGGUUUAAUGGAGCAGAUCUUCGUAACGUCUGCACGGAAGCUGGGAUGUCUGCGAUUCGUGCAGAACGAGAUUACGUCAUCCAUGAAGACUUUAUGAAGGCUGUUCGGAAACUGAAUGAAGCCAAAAAACUCGAGUCUACUUCUCACUACAAUGCUGAUUUUGGGAAGGAUUAGAACAGGCAGUUCCAUACCAGAGCCAGGGAAGCUGGGGCAGUGCAUCACGUUUUCCACUGAAAGAUUGUUUCACCAUUAAUGGCAAAAGAAAUGCACAGCCAGUCGUGUGAACUCAUUUGACAAUUUGCAUGGUUUCCUCUUCUUCUUUUUUUUUUUUUUGGUGUGUGUGUGUGUUGGGAGGCCGGUUGGGUCUUGUAAAAUUUUUUUUUUUUGGAAGCCAUGGUUUGUUCAAACCAUCUCAAUGUGAGAGUAUAGCAAUCAACCUUGUUAACUGAUGACCCUGUUGGUCAUCUGGCCAUUGAGGGUUGCUUUGCUUA